CUCAAGUGCAGUUGCACUUUGCUUCGGUAAGCACAUUUUCUACCACGAGGCGUGUUAUUGGUUUGCCACUGUUCCUCUCUGUAAAACUGGACUUUUUUCUCACCAGCGGGGCUUUGCGCUGACGGUAAUAUCAGUCAAAUCAGGGUCAUCAGGUUGGCUACACAACCAUUUCAAAUCAUCUACGAAAGGCUUUGUGCUACGGGUAGUAUCACAGAAAUCAGGACCAAAGUUUUGCUACACAACCAUUUAAAUUCAUCUACUAAAGGAAUCUCUGAUCCCAAAGACUUUAUUCCUUCAGCUGGCUCCUUGUCUGACCAAUCAGCUGGCUUUUGGAAUACCACUGUGAGGAUUGCAAAUGGUGUGUGGGGGAGCUCAGAAAACGUGCAGGUACACUUGAUGACUCCAUCUUUGUAUUUUGGAUCAUAUGGCAUCAGCUACUCCUUCACCUCUUGCCAGUUCUGUAGAGAAGACAAAUGGAGCCAAGCUCAGCCGACUUCUCAUCGAUGGUGGAACAACAGUUCUCAGGAACGUUUUCAAUGGAUAUCAUCCCCCAGCAAGUCUUUCAGCCGCGUUGAAUGCAAACUAUUCAACUCUGAAUGCUCUCUUAAAGAAACGAAUUUUACACAGAUCACAAUGGGAUCUAUUGUUUCCUCCAAGCGGUGCUCCUCCAGACUCCCAGACAUUUGAUAUCACUCUUUUAUUCCUUCUCUUAACCAACAUUUGUAGUCUCUCCCCACCCCACUCAGGGUGGCACACCAAACCAAUUCCAAGUGACAACUCCCUUGAAGCAAAUCUUGCUCGCAUAAAGUUUUACCGCAAUGAAUUGUAUGGCCAUGUUACCACAACUGGUAUUGCUGGUCCAACUUUCUCAACUCUGUGGCAGGAGAUAAGUGCUGUUCUUGUUGCUCUUGGCUUGCGGCGGACGGAAAUUGAUAGAUUGAAGGCUGAGCAUUGUGGAGAGCAAGAGUUCUUAGAUGCGUUGCGGAUGUGGGCUGAUUCUGAGGAAGAUAUAAAAUCACAGCUGAAGGACAUACGGGAUAUUGAGACCAAAGUGCUGCAAACUGUUGAUGAAGUACGGCAGAUUCAGUCAUUUGAUCACGAAACUAUUCGUGAAAAUAAAGCAAAGCUGGUAGACGUUCAUCAGUUGCAGAAGAACUUGCAAGAAUCUGUCAGUAUUGUGCAUCAUAAUCGACUUCAAGACAGUAAAGCCAUUCAAGAUACCAAGUUAACAGUUGAAAAAGUCUGCGAGAAGCUUCAAACUUUGGAGGAGGCAUCCCAGCACACCAUUCAAAAUUUGAAUGACGAGAAUGAGAGCAUCUUGGAUGACAAAGUCCUUGCGAAACUAGCAAAGGUGGACAAUUUAGCUGAAAUAAGACGCCAUGCAAGCAGAUAUGUUGAGGGAACUCGUUUAUCGAUUCUUAAAGAAGUCGAGAGCUGGUUAGCUAACAAAAGUUCUCCAAAUAGAGUGAUUGUUAUUAGCGGGAAUGCUGGAAUGGGAAAGUCUGUAAUCUCAGCUGUCUUGUGCCAAAAGAUGUUAGAGGCUGGACGAUUGUCAGGGAGCCACUUCUGUCGGCAUAACAUGGCACGCCGAAGGAAUCCCAAAGUGAUGCUGCAGUCGUUGGCCUGUCAGCUCUCCGAAUCGCUGCCAGAGUACAGGAAGGCUCUCGUGAAGAAGUUGUCGAGAAAUGUGGGCGUUGAAAUUGGAGACAUGGAAGUGGAAGAACUGUUUGAAUUCUUGUUUAAAGAACCUCUUUCAGAUUUGAAAGAUCCAGACUCUAUCCAUCUCAUGGUUAUAGAUGGCUUAGACGAAAGUGAAUACCAGGGGCGUAAUGAGCUUUUAAAUGUGACUGCGGAUUACUUCAAGACGCUUCCGUGUUGGAUACGAUUUGUGGUAACAACGCGACCUGAAAUGAACAUCUUAGAGAAGAUUCAAGACCUAAAUCCCAUACAGCUGAACCCAAACGAUCAAGAAAACUUGAUGGACGUUAGGCUUUGCUUUCAAGAGCAACUGGAACAUGUUCUGCAAUCUGAUUGCCAAGAUACCAUCUUAGAGAAGCUUGUUGAAAAGUCAGAAGGAGUCAUGUUAUAUACCUAUUACCUGGCAGAGUUCAUUAAGAAGAAUGCUGUGCGUAUGAGUGCUGCUGAAGUGAUCAACAGCGACUUGCCAUCAGGUAUUUCGUCCGUUUAUCAAGACUACUUCAAACGCCUGAAAAAUGAAAUGCAGAAAGAACUAGGUAUCACCGAAGAGCAAUUCUUCGAUUUUUUAAGUGCCAUGGUGGCAGCAAGAGAACCAUUACAUGUCGAGUUUGUCUACAAGUUGUUCCUUUCAAAAGAAUGGUCAUCGGCUGAUGAGCAAAAAGUACGAGACGCAGUUGAUUGUAUCUCGGCUCUUCUACCCAUUGAGGGCGAGUGCAUUAACUUCUUUCACAAGUCAGUCAAGGACUGGUUGGUUGAGGAGUCUGCUUCGAGGCAAAAGAAGUUUAUUGUUAGCGGAAAAAAAUGUCAUCGCAUCAUUUCAAAGCUUUGCAGAGAUGAACUAGAUGAAUUGAAACUUAAAGGGAUCCAGAGUUCAACACUGAAACAGACGUCGAGGUAUGCCUUGCAGCAUGGUGUUCAGCAUAUACUUGAGGUAGAAGAGAAUGCUCGUCCAUGUAGCCUGGACGACAUUGUAAAGAAUUAUGUCUUGGACCUAGAAUUGGUCUAUGCAAAGCUAAUUGUGAAGAGUACAGCAGCCAUUGAAGAUGUUCUUUGCGUACAAGAGAAGGAAAAUACAAAUGGUCUGUCAAAGAAUUGCAGAGAAGCCCUUGAGACGUUAUUGUUGCUGUUGCGGAAGCAUUUAAGUACUCUUUCAAAACUUCCUUAUGCCAUCUUUCAAAUUUUGUUGAAUGAAGGAGGACCUGAACUGUCUGCGGAGGCAUUAAGCUUGCUAAACACCAAGUAUGCGGACUUACCAUAUAUGGAAUAUUUGCGAAAGAAGGAGGAAAGAACAGAUGUUCUACUGCAGUUUGUUGCUUCAGAUGAGGUGAUCUCCUUUGAUGUCUCACCAAAUCAGGACUACCUGGUAUGCGAGUGUGGGAAUGAGACAAUUCAUCUGUGGUCGCUCCGUACUGGCCAGCUAAUGUGGACACGCUCUGUGCUGUUAUCUGGUAGAAACACUCGUUUUGGGCGGUACGCAAUGACACGUUUUUUUAUAAAAUUAUUCCGGUCAGUAGUUUUCCAUCCAACCUUAGACCUGAUCUUACAAGGGACUCUGUGUUGGGGUUAUACCUUGGUCGGAGACGUGAAACCUCUUUUCCGUUCGAGCGAGUGCCGGUUCAAAGUUUGUUCAAUAUCUGGUGACAAAAGCACGAUGCUGACUGACUGUCUGGACGGGAGGAAUUGCGUCAUCCAGUGGAGUCUAAAAGAUGGAAGUGAAAUUAGUCGUUUUACACACAAAUGCAAAAUUGUAUCUUUUGCUUGGUCUGCUAGUGGAAGACGGAUGGUGAUCCUGGAUUCUGACAAGUGCGCAUACCUCAUUGACAUGAAUGAUGGAGUUGAGACUCUAAUAUGUGCUUCAGUCUCGUCACGAUAUGUUAAGUUAACUCCUGACUGCCGGUUUUUUUUCUGUUUACUUUGGGAUGAACGUCAUCGGUAUCCGAAGCCCAAGCUUUUUUGUUUAGAUAUUGACAGGAACACUAUGUCAAUGUAUAGUUUGGAUUGCAUUUUUGGGACGAGUUCCUACCAGUACGCCUCGGAAUUUGAAACUUGCAAUGAGAGUGGUUUCCUAUCAGGAGAUCCCUUUUGGUAUCCAUCUGGAGGAAUAUUAUCAUCUGUGGAUUUUGCACUUGUACUAGAAAAGCAGAUGUUACUAAGAGUUUCCCCUCACAGUGAAGUGAUUGAAAUGUGUCGCCUUAAUGACGUAAGGGAGUGGAGAGGUGAGAGUAGCGAUGAAGCGGGACUAAGCAUAGAACCCGGUGACAUUACGACAGAGAGAACCGAAAAUAACGAUCUAACGGAACAUAACCUACCAGAAAUCAACCAUAUGCUGGAACAGAAAGCUGAAAUCGAUGUUCUGUCAGGACAGAGAGCUGAAGUUGCUGAUCCAUCAGAACAGAGAGCUGAACUCGGUGGCCUAGUUGAACAGACAAUGGAACGUAACAACUCUACGGAAAAGAGAGAUGAACUUGAUGACUUUGUGGGAGAACGAACGGAAUUUAAUGACCCACCAGAAAAGAGGCUCAAACUCGAUGAACUGUCAGAACGAUUGGAAACUGAUCCAUGCAGCUUAUUAGGGAAUGGAGCUGAUCCUUAUUCUAAAGGGGAUGAUCAGGAACAACAGGAACCUCUACUUGAGGACAUGGAGGAAAACGGUUUUGUUGGAUAUGAUCGCUUUCAAACAAGUUUUGUCGUUCAUUUCUCUGUUGAUGGUGACUCUCUUUAUACCGUGAAAGGUACAACGAUCCAGCGAAUAAAUCUUGUGGCUGGCGAUGUUUUAAGUAAAAGGAUCAGAAAAAAGGAAUGUAUGAUUUUUGAACAGUCUUUAAGUGUUGUGCCCGUCAAAAGAGGUGUCCUAUUUCGAACAGUUAGUGGCUCGCUUGAGUUGUGGAACUCUGAUUUGUCUGUUUGCAUGAAAAGGUGGACUGAGUUUCCUGUCGAUGAUGUUGUACCCUUAUCAGAGGAACGAGUCGCCUUGAAAACGAGGAAUAACUUUGAUGACAGAUGGGAAGUCACCAUUGUAGAUACAACGAGUGAACAAAUUGUGUCAAAGAUUGCAAAUUUUGAUGGUAUUUUUUUGGCAUGUAAUAAUAAAUGGGAAGUGCUAACCACCACUGGAAAGUCACUGCAGCUGUGGCGUGAAAACCGAAUGCUAUGGGAAACUUCUACUAAGUUCAAUCCAUUUAACCUUACAAGAGCUAUUUUUUCUCCUACUGAAGAAAACGUCGUCACUUAUGGUAGAGUUGGCUCUUGCGUCCUCGAAGCAGUUUCGGGAAAAGUGAUUCGUCAAUUGGAGAACCCGUAUGUAGAUGAUAUUAAGUUUAUCAGUAACGAGGACUGCGUUGUAGGCUUGAGUGAUCUAAGAGGUUUGUGUCUUCGAUUAUACAACGUUAAAUCUGGUGAUCUCCUCAGUGAAAUUGUAGAGGGACGACGAUUUCGAAGUCUUGCAGUUUGUCCUCGUAAGCGCUUGGUCGCAAUUAGCUUUAGAAACUCCAACCAUUUUGAAAUCAUUCAAGCGAAGCUGCCAGGCGACAAAGAAAAGACAAACAUCGAAAGGUCAGUUGAAACAAAGUUUAUUUGA